AUGGGCGGAAGAGGCGACCGGGCCAGCCACGUCACUCUCUGGUACCGUCUGCGUGUCAGGGUGCUCAUGCCCCGCCUCUACGGUAUGGAAAAGGGGAAAGUAGAACGGGUGAUGACAGCCUGUUGCGCCCACGGUGGAGCAAAGAAACCAGGAAAAGCCCCGCCCCUUCCGGACGGAGCCGCUCCGGAGCGGACGCGCGCAGAAAGGGGUGAGGCGGAGAUCGCUGAGCCCACGAGCACAUUUCGCGAGAGUUGCAGAAGGCGGAAGCGCAGUCUGUGCAGGAUGCGGUUCCUGGCUGCGUUGGUCCUGCUGAGCCUCGGAGCUGCGGGAGUCUUGAGCCGUGACAGUGCGAACUCCAUUAUCAAUUCGACUAAAGUUGAGCCUUCAGUUAGAAAUUCCAAGCAGUCUACUUCGAACCUGCCGUCUAAGAAAGGAUCCUCCCUUUCUUCAGUGAACGGAGACUCUGGCAGGUUAGAUGAGGAUCGCCAAUCUGGAAAUAACAUUGGUGCGUUGGAUCAGCAGCAGCAGCUGACCGCGGAUCAUAACCCUAACAAUUCCACUGAGAACCUGCAGCAGACAGCCCAGCGCAACCCUGACAAUUCCACUGAGAACCUGCAGCAGACAGCCCAGCACCACCCUGACAAUUCCACUAAAAAUUCGAAGCAGACCACCCAGCACAGCCCUGACGAUUCCGCUGAGAAACCACAGCAGACAGCCCAGAACAGCCCUGACAAUUCCACUAACAACUCGCAGCAGAAAACCCAGCAAAACCUUGACAAUUCCACUGAGAACCAGCAGCAGACAGAGGAACACAACCCUGUCAAUUCCACUAAAGACCAGCAGCAGACAGCCCAGCACAACCCUGUCAAUUCCACUAAAGACCAGCAGCAGACAGCCCAAGACAAAUAG